UACCAGUUCGUUCGUGAUACUCGUGGUUUCGCGUACUUCACUGUCUCUAUUACGCUCAUUGUUAAUUAGCGUCCGGCUGAAAAUCCGAGCGAGUGCGACGCGGCUUAUUAGCAUAACGCGAUCGUCCUGCUCGCAAGGUAAACGCGUCGUUCUUACGAUUUCGCUAUAUACGUUCGCACCGUUAAUGUGUGCGUGCGUGCGUGUGUACCUGCCUGCCUGCAUGCGUGAAUGCGUGUGCACAUAUGUGUGGAUUGUGAUCGCGCGUGAGUGUCAUAUCCAUGACGAUCGGUCUCGAGACCAAGAGUGCCGAGACACUGUCGAGGCACGUUCAAGCAAUAGCGUUAUUUCUGUUAUUUCCGAUCAUUUCCGUUGAUGUCAGGGAGGUGACAUGCCUAGCACUCGUGAAAUUGAACGGGCAGAACGUAAUGGGAGAUUUCGUUCACGAAGAAGAGGCAGUACGAGCAGCGACGUGAAUCGCCACAGCUUUGAUGGUAUUGACAAGCGACACAGGAGACAUGGCAAAAGUAAGAGUUCUGGAAAAAAAAAGAAGAAACGUUCACGAGAUAAGUCAUUAGAGACAAUUCCAACUGUAGCUUCAUCUGUUGUAAAACCAUUGGUCGAGUAUUCCGACGUAAGUAGCGAAGAUCUUUCAGAGCCUGAAGCGGGAGAGAUACAAUCGGAAGAUAGUCGUGCCAACAGUUACACGGACGGAGAAGUACCUGAUUCGUCAUUUCUUCAAAGGCGAUAUUAUGGCAAUAGCCCAAUUCGUGCUCUUGGAGCGUCGCCUAUCAGCAUAUCUCCAACACCAUCGGUUCAGCAUCGACAUUCCGAUAUGCGAUAUUCCUUGUCGAAUGAGCAACAACAAUCGACGACGAUGCAUGGUGCGACACCAGAGUACGAAGAAGAAUCAAGGCGAUACGCUCGACGAAAAGAAAAGAAGCAUAAACGUGAGAAGAAGAAGAAAAGAAGUCUGAGCCCUUCGUCAAAUUCAGGGAAAAAGAAGAAGAGGAAAUCUAAGAGACAUUCUCAUAGCUUAAGCCCGCAUCACGGUAUUGCUGAGGAAAUUGGUUCAAGUCCAAGUCGUGAAAAACAAUCAAUUAUCGCUUCUGUUAAUUGGUCCGAAUCACCACCAUUGCCACUCAAGGACAACAUGUCACCUAUUUCACCGGCUACACCGCGCGAACAGAGAUGUCCUAGUGACGACGUGGAAUUGGAAUUGUCGAGGCAAUCUCGCAACGUGACACCGACGUCGAGAAGACGUUACGUCACGCAGAAACGACGUGCUAAUGGUUAGUGGCUUCCACGGCAUUCGGUCGAGCUAGGCCUUUAUGAGCGAGCCAGAAUCCAAUUAGUUCCUGAUGCGAACAACAUCGAGGGUUCCCGCGACAUUGCAGGACAUACAUCGCACGUAAGUACGAUUGUGAUCCCCGUUGUCGCGUCGUUUCCCUGAUUUUCCUCAUAGAUCGUCGGCAACUUUCGCUCGGAAAAAGAAAUUGAGCGAGUCCAUGCCAUGUAAGAGUAAUGG